GACAGGUUAGAAAAACAAAAAAAGAUGAAUAUUAUGCCUACUAGGUGUCUUUUAUGACCUUAAGAAAAAAAAAAUUCCGAUCAAAAUUCUCAAAUGGGUUUGUGUUUCUAUUUCGUCUCCUUGGACAGUUUGUUGACAUUGAUACAUUGGUAUUUACAGUCAAUUAGAAUUUGUUUAUGUUUCCUUUCGACCUUCUUUUCGGAAAGAGAGACAUGGCGGUACCAAUCACUUUGAUCACUUAUAUGGUCCUUUUAUGUCAGUAUGAUCAAAUAGGUGCCGAUUACUAAAGUCUUAUGAAGAACCAUUCGGUUCCUGUUCAAAGAGACAGUGUUUUAUUUUUAAAAGCUACCAAUCUUUGUUUUGGAAAGACUAAAAAACAUAAGCUACCACAGACUUUAUUUUCCCUUUUACUCCUACCGGUAAACCAAGCCUGAUUUCUUUGAUUUUUAUUUUUCUUUGUUUUCCACUCUUUCUCUCUCUCUCUCUCUCUCUCUCAAUAUAUAUAACUUGUAUUUCUUCUGUCCUUUUGUCAACCUUGUUUACGACUAUCCAUUUCUCUCACGUUUUACUAUUUGAUAAUGAGCAGUAACAUCACAAAAAUUGGAUCGUUGGAGGUUUUGUUCUCUCCUGAAAUCAUCCAACAAUGCUUGCAAGUUUGUCAGCUACCCACCUCUUUACUAUAUGAUGAAAAGGGCUUACAACUGUUCGACCAGAUCACUGGGACCAAAGAAUACUAUCUAUUCAAUUGCGAAUUAGCCAUUUUGCAAAGAGACAGCGACGCAAUUGCUCAACAACUUCUGUCCCCUGACCUACCAAACACAGUCGUUGAGCUCGGCUGUGGAGCUAUGCAUAAAACGAAACAUCUCUUAGAUGCCUUCGAACGUAGCGGUAGAGAUGUCAAUUUUUACGCAUUGGACUUAAACGAGGAUGAAUUGCGCAAAGGCCUCUCCCAACUCGAACAACAUGCCUCCUACAAACAUGUAAAGGUAGCGGGCAUUUGUGGAUGCUUUGAUAUGUUUCUUCAAAAUAUCGAAAAAUUCCGUGGCUCUGUCAAUGGUCAAAUUAGUAUCCUCUAUUUGGGCUCUUCCAUUGGCAACUUCAAUCGCAACUCGGCUACCGAGUUCCUUAAAUCUUUCUCCGAUCGUCUCGCUAUCGGUGACAAGUUCCUCCUAAGUUUUGACCAUCGUAAUUCAGCAGAACUCGUUCAACGUGCUUACGACGACUCUGCCCACAUCACUGAGACGUUUGAAAAAAACAUCCUUACUAGUGCCAAUCGUGUAUUUGGCGAAGAGUUAUUCAAUGAAAAUGACUGGGAUUAUGUUAGCAAGUAUGAUGAAGAUCUGGGCGUUCAUCGUGCCUAUCUGAGAGCUAAAAAGGACACCGCCAUUGCAAAAGGUCCUAUGGUCUUUAAUUUUAAAGCCGGCCAUCAUCUUCUAUGUGAGGAGAGUUGGAAAAGCAAUGAUGAUGAAUGUCGUGAAAUCAUUCGCAAUAGUAACUUUGAAGUCGACACCGUCUAUACAAAUGCCAUCCCUAGCUACUCCAUCUAUGUAGGAUCCAAGUCUUUUCCAAAGUUGCCUCAGCUUCCCAAGGAAGCUCCAAUUUCUCUUAGAGAAUGGUCAGGAAUUAGAGACAUUUGGAUUUUUAUUACCAACAAGCUCCUUAAUGAUUCAAACAUCUUUAAGGUAUGGAUUCCAUUGAGACACCCUUUUGUUUUCUAUAUGGGCCAUAUUCCAGUCUUUAACGAUAUCUAUCUAUCUCGCAUCUUUGAGAAUCCUGUUACUGCAUCUAAAAGGCAAUAUUGGGAUUGGUUCCAAAGAGGUAUCGAUCCCGAUGUUGAAAACCCUGAAAAUUGCCAUUGGCAUUCACAAAUCCCUACUAAUUGGCCUUCUCCGAAUGAGUUACGCUCUUAUGAGAUUGCCUCUUGGCAAAAUCACAUCUUGAAAUUAUAUGAUGGAAGCCAUACAUUAUCGCCGUUCCAAAAACGUAUUGUAUGGUUAUGUUAUGAACACGUCGCGAUGCAUAUUGAGACAACGCUGUAUAUUUAUGUACAGUCUUUCCAAGAUCCAAAGCAGAAUAACUUCAUAUGUGGCCUGCCUCCAUGUAAAAUACCCAAGUUAAAGAAGGAUCCUAGCUGGAUUAAAUAUUAUAAUGGACAAGUUCUUCUCGGCUUACCUGUACGUAAUGAUCGAUAUAGCAAUUCAAAUCCUGAAGAACCCGAUGAGCAAAAGUUCUUUGGAUGGGAUAACGAAAAGCCUUCAAGAACAAACCAUGUUCCCUCUUUUCAGAUUGCAAACCGACCUAUUUCAAACGGUGAAUACUUAAACUUUGUCAAUAAUAAGCCCGAAGGCGAUAGACGCUAUCCGAAGUUAUGGAAAUUAAUUGAUGGUAAGCUUUACCUAAAAACAAUGUACGGACUGCUUCCUCUCGAUAAUUAUUUAAGUUGGCCAGUUAUGGCAUCUUUCGACGAACUCAAUGCAUAUGCAGCUUUCAAAGGAUGCCGCUUACCUACCGAAGAGGAACUAAAUUACUACUACGAUCAAGUUCUACAUAGGAAGUCUGAAGCAUAUGUAAGCACUGAAGGAAUGGCUACUGGGUUCCAACAGUUACAUCCAGCGAAGUUGAAAGAUGAUGAAACACCACAGAUAUUUACAGGCGCAUGGGAAUGGACUAGUACAGUGCUUGAAAAGCAUGAAGGGUUUGAACCAGAAGCACUCUAUCCGGAUUAUACCAAAGACUUUUUCGACGGAAAACAUAAUGUUGUUCUUGGAGGAAGUUUCGCAACAGUUCCUCGAAUUGCUAACCGAAGAAGCUUCCGUAACUUUUACCAAAGACAAUACGAGUACGCUUGGAUUACAGCACGACUAGCAAAAGGUAUCUGAAAGAUGUCUGAACGGAAACGUCACUUACAUUAGUUUUUAACGCAUGCAAAUGUUUUCAUUUAGAUAAUACUUUUAACUUUAUGACUUUUCAUUCCAAAACUAAGAAACGUCAAUUUCUUUUCAUGUACAGAAAAUUGCUUUUUAUAGCAUUCAUGCAACAAUAAAAAUCCCCUCUUUAUUUUUCUGUUAAGAAGA